GGUUUUUCGCUGGGAAUCCCCUGGGAAUCCCUUGGGAAUCCCGUGGCCAUGUUGCGCCCUGCCAUCCUUCGGGGGUGGCAUGUCUUUGGCGCGCCUUCGCGGAAUGUGGCAGUGAGAUGUGGAACUCCGAUUGGUGAGCUGCUGAAGCAGCUGGAGCACUGGGCGCAGCAGGCCUUUGAAAACAGCGAUCAGUUGAAGCACCCAGACCCGGAGUGGCGCUUGCCCGAAGCGUUGCUGGAAGAGGUGGUGCUGGAAUUGAGUGGCCGCACAGCUGAGCUGAGUGUUGUGCAGAAACGUGACUUGUGCAGCUACUGCAUCCAGCUGCAACUACGACUGCCAAAGGCCCUUCAAGAUGCGCUGUUGCAGCCACCCAUCAGCGACACCUUUGCGGCGGAGCUGCUGUGUGCCCUGUGUGCCUUGCAGCAUCGCAGGGCCGAGCGCUGGAAUCUGCUGCGAGUCCGUGCUGGCGGCGCCUGGUCAAGGGGCCAACUGUGGAAGGUGGUGAGGUACGUGGCGCAAGAGGUGCCACUGCAUCAUCGCCACUUUCACGGCCAGUUGCUGCGAGAAGCCCUCAGCUCGGCAUCGCGUCCGGGGGACAGCAUCAGCUUGGGACGCUACGUGCUGUUCCUCCGUUUGUGUGGCUUUGACUUGCAGAGCAUGCCACUGGAGCAGCUUCAUCGCCUCCAUGAGCUUCUGAGGCUCAGCCGCAGAUCUGCCGUUAGCGGAGCUUCGACAGUGCGCCUGGCGGAUUUGCGGGCAUCGAUGACCAGCAGUACUUUGGAGAAGGACGUCGUGCGAGUGCUGCGCGCCAGACGUCGCGCAGGUGGCGAUGGUGAGAUCCUGCUGCAGCAGAAGGUCGCGAAUUUCUUUGAGCUCGACAUUCUGAUAGGCGGUGCAAAAUGUGAUGCUUCCGUUGAAAGGACGCCCGCCAUGUGAAAGCCUCGUUGCGUGACCUGUGUGGUCUCGACAAGGACUAGCAGUGAAAAGGCGAA